AUGCUAUGCUUCCUAUCAUUUUCUGCUGUGGCCAAUGCGCUGGCGUAUCCAUCUCAGGAAGUCUUAGGAGUCCCUGCUUUUUCCGGUUUGAUUGAUAGUCCCUCUAAAGAGACUGUCUCUGAGGGUGCUGGACCAGCGCCGGAAGGAUCAACUCACGACCCCAUUCUGAAUACCUUGCAGGAUCUUAUCACCGCCCUGCAGGUCAUGCAAGACAGGUACUUUGUGAUGUGGCAGGGCACGUGGCCGACAAGCAUCGAUUGGACCGCGGCGGUGUUGGGCACACACGUUUCGGCAGCACUCUCAUCUCUAACCUCAGGUCCGCUUGAUAUUCCCGACACAGAUGAAUUGCAAGGAUUCUCCUUCUUCAGGCUUGAGAAUACGGUCAAUCAAUUUUUCAGCCAAACUUCCGCGUUUUACUUCAGUGAAAACUCAUUUAGCAUUAGAAACCAGGCAUACGAUGACAUGCUGUGGGUCGUGCUAGGGUGGUUGGAGAAUAUCAAGUUCCAAAAUCUUCACUCGGAUCUUCACUAUGUCUCCUCGAACAACAAUUCUGGAGAGCCUUGGUACGGUACCCAGUUUCAGAACUCUGCUGCACACAGAGCACGCAUCUUUUACGAGCUCGCCUCGGCUGGUUGGGACAAGACCCUCUGCGAGGGCGGCAUGAUUUGGAGCCCAUACUUGAUACCGUACAAAAAUGCAAUUACGAAUGAGCUCUAUAUUUCUGCAAGCAUCGAGAUGUAUUUGUACUUCCCCGGAGAUUCCAUCGACGCCCCGUUCUUUGUCGACUCACAAAGUACACAGCCCGCACGGAAGAAUCCACACGACCCUCUUCAUCUUCAGGCUGCGGUUGACGGGUAUGAAUGGCUCAAAAACUCAAAAAUGACCGGGAUAGGUGGCCUCUAUGCAGAUGGUUACCACGUCAGCGGCUGGCAAAGCGCAUCAAAUCCCGGCUCCAAAAAAUGCGACGAGCUCAACUCUAUGGUCUACACCUACAAUCAAGGAGUCGUUCUCAGCGGGCUGAGAGGACUCUGGCUAGCCACAAACUCGCAAAAAUAUUUGCGCGACGGUCAUGAGCUUGUUCACCAAGUACUGCAAGCCACUGGAUGGUUGAAUACAUCUAGUCAGCAGUGGAAGGGACUUGGUCGGGGAGGUGUGCUUGAGGAUGCGUGUGAUUCUCGCGGAGUCUGCUCCCAGGAUGGACAGACCUUUAAAGGGAUAUUUUUCCACCACCUCUCUGGAUUUUGUCGGCCUCUUCGGCCGCAAGAGGAGCAGUUCCUGGAGGACGCUAUCCUCAGACAUGCAACAGACGACGACGGGACCGAAGUCUAUGAGCAGCAUAUGAAGCAGUGCCGCGCCUAUGGUCCCUGGGUUAGACACAAUGCGCGAGCUGCUCUUAUGACUCGCGACAGCGAUGGCAAGUUUGGCACCUGGUGGGGCCGCGCAUAUCACCAGCUGGAUGCCAACGAGAUCGUAGACAGCAGCACUAUCCCGGAUGAUGCUGUUGACUACCGUAAUGCCGAUGAUAAAAUCAAGUCCUCGACUAUAGGCCCCAUGCCGAAAGACUACAACGAUCGUGGCCGAGGCCGCACGGUGGAAACACAGUCUGGCGGCAUCGCUGUAUUAAGAGCAUUGUAUCAAUGGCAAUCCUAUGAUGCUAUGUGA